UUUUUUUUUUCUUAUUUUCUUCAAUGCUGAAAUGGUCUAUCUUGGCUUUUGGAUUAGGCUAUAUGACAGCUUCUACUAGACUUGUGAAUUAUUUGUUACAAGAGAAAACAGUACUUUAUAUCCUAUCCAGUCUUUGUAUUUGUUUCUUAUUGAUCUAUUUUCCACUUGACUUCAUUGCUCAACACGAAUCAACUCAGAAUCCCAUGACGAAUCUACGUACAUCUGCUCGUGAACAUCUACAGAGAAGAGGUAGUUUUUAGAGAAACAAAGAUGUUUUAUUUGAAUGAAAAACUUAUAAACAAAAGAAAUGAACA